AAGCCGAUAGUUCUGUCCAUAUUCCAUCGCCUGUUGGUCGUCAGCGGAUAUUUUGCAAAUAUAAUUGAUAUUAGAACUUUAAAUGCCGCAAUAGCAGCUAUUUAGGCUGUGGCAAUACUCCCACCAGAUAUUAGGCAGCCGAAAAAGCUAUCCAAGCGAUGACCAGGACGUGAGAGCGGCGGAACUGCAAACCGGCCAUCUAUUUUACACAUUCUUGUUGUUGCUGGGCGCUGCAAUCCGAAACACGACGAAUAUAUUUGCUUUGCUUUUGCUGAUGUAUUUCGGUUAACAGCAGCGCAUCGAAUCGCCGCUACGACUGCAUAUAUAGCCGCUCCAUUAGCUGACGCAAGCAAUUCGCCGCUGAAGGUGUUUUCGAUGACCGACCACUGAGACCGGAGUUUAGAAGAUCCGUCAUCCAGACAGACAGAACACUCACCCGGCAAACAUGCUCCACCUCCUGUUGGUCUUCUUUAUGGCCACGGCCACUUCUGCCGGAGAUUCCCUCCAGCGCAUCCGGCGAGCCGCCAUUGACGUGGAUAGCUCAAAAGCCACGCACAACAUCAUUGAUCUGGCUGAGUGCCAGGACCUCAAAAAGCUGUGCACCCACCACAAAUCCACGGAUAAUCUGUCCAUGCUGGAGUGCGCCCUGACAUUCAGUUCCAGCCAGCUGGAGGACCUUCCCGAGGGUUGCCAGCAUGCCCUGUGGAUGCAGCAGCGCCAGUUGCAGCUGCCCGCCUGGAUUGAGAACACCUUUCUGCCCUCCUAUUGUCCCGCCGAGCGGUCCAAGCUGGAGACCUGCCUGAACUCCAUACACCUGUGGAGCUGCCUCGAUCAGCAGCGAUUAAAGCUGCCACAGAAUAACGCCUGUCAUCAGCACCUGAGAAGGGCCUAUGAGGCUUUGGGACAGGAUUACACCUCUGUGGAUGAGUUCUACACCGCCUGCGGCCUGCUCGUGGAGCAGCACAAGUGCGGUCGGCUGAACAUCGACCACCUGCCCUCGGUCCUGUCGCAGUUGGGCACGGUGCAGUGCCUUCAAACGAGCGCCAACAAGGCAAGCCUUGAGCCCAUCUGCCAAGGCGCCAUUAACUCCAUUGCCAUGCAACGUGGAAUGAUGGAGCUGUUCCGCGUCUGCCAAGAGGAUCUCUCGUCUCUGUGCACGCAGGAAAAAGCCGGCACAGCUGGAGCGUUUAAAUGCCUGGUGCGACACAAAAACCACGCCUCGAUGUCGCAACAGUGCGCUUUACAGAUCACGUUAAGAGAUCAGGAAAUGGGCCGCGACUAUCGCGUGUCUCACGGACUUGCCAAAGCCUGUAAGGAGGACAUAAAGCUGUACCACUGCCGGCGCGGCGUUUCCGAGGACAAGCAUGUGCGGUUGGCCCAGAUCUUGCUCUGCCUGGAGUCAGUGUCCAAGAAUGGUACCAAACUGGCACCCGCCUGUCUCACCGAGUUGACCGAUCACCGACGCAUGCUGAUGCAGGACUAUCAGCUGUCACCGGAGCUCCUUAACGACUGUGCCGAUGAUAUACCCAAAUUCUGUCCGGAUGAGCAUAAGGCGCAGCUGGUUAAUGGCAUUACCAGUACGGGUGGCGAGAUCAUCCACUGUCUGCUGGAGCAUGUGAAGGCCAGACGCCCGCAGCGACGAGUAACGGCGCAGUGCCAGCGUGGAUUAGAGACCCUGAUUAAGGCCAGCGAUGCGGGCGAAGAUUGGCGCGUAGAUCCGGUGCUAAGGCGCGCCUGCAAGCCAGUCGUCGAUGUGGUCUGCAAGGAUGUACAGGGUGGCGACGCACGAGUCAUGAGCUGUCUGGUGGAGCACAUUGGCACCCCCGUGAUGCUUCCAGAAUGCGAGCAAGCACUCCUCAUUAUAGAGUACUUCGUGGCCAGAGACUUCAAGUUGGAUCCCCAGCUGUACAAACAUUGCCGAGAUGACGCGGUGAAGUACUGUCGUGCAAAAAGGCAGUGGGACGAUGCGCAGAACAUACAAAUGGACCCGGAACGGGGUCCCAUGAUUCUUCCCUGCUUGCACCGCAUGGCCUUCAGCGAGGACGAGCGUCAGACUUUGAGGAAGGACUGCUUUAAGGAGGUUAAGCGUGUGAUGAGACAGCGCGCCAUAUCUAUGGACUUGAUUCCCGAGGUAGAGGAUUACUGUCUUAACGAUCUAUCGGCGUUCUGCUCUGACUGCACGGAAAAAGGCAGUGAAAUGGAGUGCCUACAAAAAAACAUGGACCAACUGCAGCCGGAGUGCAAAACAGUUGUGGUCAAGUACACGGAGGAAGAAGCUGCUCAUGUGGAGCUCAAUCCCGUGAUCAUGAACGUUUGCGGUGAGGCCAUGCAGCAGCACUGUUCGGCGAUCCUCAAGAGCGGAAAGGAUAAUGGUGACAUGAUGGACUGUCUUAUAGCGCACAAAAAUGACGCCGAUUUGCGCAAGGAUCUCCGCUGUCGGGCCGCCAUUGAGCACUUCCAGAUCAUCUCACUUAAAAACUUCCACUUUACGACCAAGUUCAAGGAGGCGUGCCGUCCGUAUGUCCAGCGCUUUUGCUCCUCGAGCGCAACCAAAAACGAGGUGGUGGCUUGCCUUAGCGAGGUGAUGCGCAAUGACACGAUCAAGGCGCAGCGACACCAGAUCCCGAAGGAGUGCCGUCAUCAGGUGAAGGCGCAACUCUACCAGCAGCGCGAGAGCAUCCAGCUGGACCCCAAGCUGGCAAACGCCUGCAAGCGCGAACUGGAGCAGUUCUGCGAGGAGGAAAAAGGGCCCGGUCAGGUGAAUGAAAAAGCCCUGGAGUGCCUUAUAAGGAAGACGACUAGUUUGGGUAAGCCCUGUCAUCAUGCUAUCUUCAUGGUCAAGAAAUCGGAGUUGGGGGACAGCGGCACUGACUAUACGCUUCUCACCACGUGCAAGGAAAUGAUCUACAAGUUCUGUCCCAGCACUGAUUCGGGGAAACUAUUGGAUUGUCUCAAGACAUACAAAGAUGACACGCAAUUUGAUCAGCGGUGUCACCUGGUGGUGGUCAAUCGCAUGAUCGAGCAGAAUACAGAUUUCCGAUUUAAUCCAUCACUGCAAAGCGCGUGCGGAAAGAACAUCGAUCGGUAUUGCUCCAACAUUGUGGCCAGUGCUUUGCCGAAUGAGGAGCUAAAUGGAAAGGUGAUUCACUGUCUAAAAGACAAGUUCCGCCAGUCAGCGCUGGACGAGCCAUGUGCCAAGGAGAUGAUCAAGAUCCUGCAGGAGCAAGCCCUCAACAACAAGCUGAAUCCGCUGCUGCAGGUGUUCUGCAAGUCGGAGAUCCAGGAACUGUGCAAGGCAAAUAUUGAUUCCGACGAGCACGGCCAAGUGGAGGAGUGCUUAAAGACGGCCUUCCUGCAAAAGCAGAUAAUCAAUGUGCAGUGUCAGAUGGAGGUGGCCGCACUGAUCGCGGAAGCUAAGGCUGACAUCCACGUGGAUCCUAUUUUGGAGACGGCCUGUACCGUGGAUCUGUUGCGUUACUGCUCCAAGGUGUCGGCCGGAAAUGGACGCAAGCUGAACUGCCUGAGGACACUGCUGAAGGAUACGCCAAACUCGCUGGAAUCGGACUGCCGCGAGAAGCUGGAUAGGCGCAUCGAGAUGUUCCGGAACGCGGACGACACGCUGGCGAUGCCGCCAGAGGAUAUGCACCAGCUGAUGCAGCAGGUGGUCACCUCGCCGUCGCGCAAAUUCUUCCUUGUGAUACUGAUGAGCGUCACGGGCCUGGUCUUUCUUACCGGCAUCUUCCUGGGACGGGCCACCAAACGUGCAAUGGGCUUGAAGAAUAAAUAAUUCAAAUAGUAGACUGUAGUUGCUGUGUAGGCAGAGUGUGCAUGUUUGUGAGCUUGUUGUUUUCAAUUUCGGCUGACCCAUGACCCAAUUCCGAUCCUUACUUUUUCUCACCCUCCAAACUGCCUGCCUUUUAAAUAUUUGUGUGAGCAAUUUGUGGCUUAAUCGUUUAUAAGACCAAAAAUUAAGCGAAAAAAGAGAAAACAAUAAACUAUUCUAGUUCCAUUCUUAGGGCCUGUUUUGUUAUACCUUUUUUGUAACAAUUUCACCUGUAUAUUAAAUUGUAUUUUUGUAAGCAAA